AUGUAUGAAAGUCAAAACAAAGAUUCCUUAUGGAAACCCUAUUUUGAUAUUUUACCGUCUGAAUUUGAUACGCCAAUGUUUUGGAAUGAUAUAGAACUUAAUGAACUAAUGGGAUCGGGUGUUAUCGAUAAAAUUGGGAAAGAUGACGCCGAGAAAGCAUUUAAUGAAUAUCUAUUACCAAUUAUUCAAGCCAAGCCAUCCCUUUUUGACCCUGAAGUUCAUAAUCUUCAACUUUUUCAUCGAAUGGGUUCUCUUAUAAUGUCGAAUGCAUUUCAUGAUGAUAAAAAUCAAAGCGAAGAGGACGAGGACAGCGGAGAAGAGGACGGUAAAAAAGGAACUGAUGAAGAAGCCAGAUUAUUUCGUGAGGAAGGAUUACUACAAAUGAUGGCAAUAAAGAAAAUAAGCAAGGGCGAACAAUUCAACACCUAUGGAGAUUUAUGUUCUGCAGAUCUCUUGCGCAAGUAUGGGUUUGUCGAUGAAAACAAUGAUCAUGAUAUAGUAGAAAUAAAUGGCAAGUUGGUAAUUGACGCUUUAUCGGUAGAUGAAGAUAUUGAAAAGGAAAAGGUUGAAUUAUUGCUUGAAGAAGAAGUCCUGGACGAUUUGUUUGUUUUGGACACCAGUGGCGAAAUUCCUCCUGAGUUAAUAAUAACUGUGAUGAUGAUGAAUAAAACUCAGUUUAAGCCGGUGAAGAAGACUGGAAUUCUCCCAGAACCCGUGAUAUCGAUUGAAAUAAUACAACCACUUGUGGAAAUUCUGGAAAAGAGGCUAUCUGAUUACAAAACUUCGAUUCCUGAAGAUGAGGAAAUAUUGAAAGGACAGAAUAUUUCGCUUAGAAUGAAGUACGCUGUAAUGUUAAGAUUAAGUGAAAAAAGAAUACUUCAGAAGCAUAUUGAUGAUCUCAGAUCUUACAAAGUCAAGGAUGAUAAUGAAGAAGGUG